GACUGCCUCGUCAAAUUUGGAAUGUGCAACAUCUCAACGCGACUUGAUACUCUGAACAGACAACUCGUUGCCAUUUCAAAAUUGCAAAGGAUGGAGGGAGACUAUGAUUCGUACGCAACAUGUAAAAAAUGCAGUUUAUACAGUGAUUUCGGUAAAUGUUGUUACUGUACCAAACGAAUUUAUGCAUUGAAGGAACAAUGCGCAAAAAGUUGUGUAGAAGAAUGUUUACCGUACGAGAAGCCUAAAAGGAGAAUACCGUGUAAUUCUGAAACGUGCAAAACGCGAAGGAAAUUGAAUGCGUAUAAAAAUUCUCCAUUAGCCGAAGGUAUAGCUUCUGUGGGACUGUAAUUACUCGACAUUCCAGA